GAGCCUUUCCUGCUCAUGUGAACACAUCACAUCAGCUAUUGAGAAACAGAAAACGCCGGAGCUAAAGGUGGACAGUGCCAAAGAAGACAGUCUCCUCAUAUUAAACUACCAUUACCUGCCGGGUCCGUGCAGUUUCAUGCUCUGCUACAGCGGAGACGUUUGAGUCUGUCGGCGUAACGCUAAGUGCUGCGCCAGCUUUCGGACCACCGAGAGUGGGGAAAAUGACAUCUUUUUCAUGGAGGGUUUGGUCUGUACUUGUGUUCCUUCUCUUUCCUGCUGCUGUGGCUUCAGAGGAGUUGUCACUUUUGCAAGGCUGGCACGAUGUCUGGGUCUUCCGCUUCCUUGUCAACCUGCUGGGAUAUUCCACCAUCAUCAUCCCCGGCUAUCUCCUCAUUAGCUACUUCAAACGCACCAGCUACUUAGAAACAGGUAGUGGGAUUUGCUACCCUGUCAUAAAGACCUGCGUGUUUGGCAGUGAGGCCAAAGCAGGUCUGUUGGAUGACGUGUCAGUUGCACCCAGGAGCGAGGGCUAUUCAGGCUCAUCAGCCAAACAGGCCAUGAAACUAAUGUUUUGUGCUGCUGGACUUCAGGCAUCAUACCUGACUUGGGGAGUCCUGCAGGAGAGAGUGAUGACUCGUUCCUAUGGAGCCCCGACUCCAAAAGAGGAGGGGGAGAAAUUCAAAGACUCUCAGUUCUUGGUCUUCAUGAACCGUAUCCUGGCUCUGACUGUGUCAGGCCUCUACUGCAUCGUGUUUAAGCAACCUAGCCACGGAGCACCCAUGUACAAGUACUCCUUCGCCUCGCUCUCCAACAUCAUGAGCAGCUGGUGCCAGUAUGAGGCCCUCAAAUACAUUAGCUUCCCCACCCAAGUCCUGGCCAAGGCCUCCAAAGUCAUUCCUGUCAUGCUCAUGGGUAAACUCAUCUCCCGUAAAAGUUAUGAAUACUGGGAGUACUUCACUGCAGUGCUGAUCUCAGUGGGUGUCAGCAUGUUCCUAUUGUCCAGCACGACCAGCAAGCACCCAUCCACUGUCACCACCUUCAGCGGCAUCGUCAUCCUUGCUGGCUACAUUGUCUUUGAUAGCUUCACUUCCAACUGGCAGGACAACCUGUUCAAGUACAAGAUGUCAUCGGUGCAGAUGAUGUUUGGGGUCAACCUCUUCUCCUGCCUCUUCACCGUCGGCUCGCUGCUCGAGCAGGGUGCCUUCUUCGACUCGCUGGCCUUCAUGACGCGGCACUCUGAAUUUGCCUUUCAUGCCGUGUUGCUGUCUGUGUGUUCGGCAUGUGGCCAGCUUUUCAUCUUCUACACCAUCAGCCAGUUUGGUGCUGCUGUCUUCACUAUCAUUAUGACCCUGCGGCAGGCCAUUGCCAUUCUCCUCUCUUGUUUUCUUUAUGGUCAUGCUGUCACUGUAAUAGGUGGAUCUGGUGUUGCCGUAGUUUUUCUGGCACUUUUCCUACGGGUGUAUGCACGUAGCCACAAGAAGUCAGGCCGGCGGUUGGCGCCACAACAUGUGCAGAAAGUGUAGCACCCCGAAGUGGCACCGAACUGCAAACCGAAACCAGGUUUUCUGUGGUGCUUUUUGUCUCUGUCUAUGUAUAGGAUCUUUUUAUUUAACUGUUCUUUUCCAUUCUUUUUUUUUUUUUUUUUACUUUUGUUAGCAGUGGUACAGAAUGAGAUUCUGUAGUUUUGACACUCACACCGAGAUGCCCCUAAGGGGUCCAUGUGAUUUGUCAGGUCAGAAGUCAGCAGAGGUUUUGAGUGCCUGUAAGAUCGUCUAAUAUACGACUUCCAGUCGUAUAUUAGACUCUUCAGUUGUUACACAGUUUAACCGUUUUUUUUUCCUUCCAACCACCAUGUUUGGUUUGUGUAGUUGGUUUAAGGUUCCUGACCCUGAAAAAAGUAUGUGUAUGGCUGACCAUUAGUUUUAUGAUAUUGCCCUUUACCUAACUUUAUCCCCAAUAUUUGACUGUCGCCUUGUGUAAACGCAACAGCUUCUAUCCUUUGGAUCACCUUUCAGCCACAGUAGCCAGAUGCUUAUUUCACAGUCCUCCAUGUUGGAGAGAAGGGACCUUUAUCUGUCUUAAUGUCGGAUUUUAUCUCGGAAACAGUACUGUUUAAUUUAAGCUAUAUUAACAUGUUCUACAAGGUACCCCCUGUAAUGCAGGGUGGCAAACAACAGUUUGUUUGAUGAGGAGUGAACUGCAGAACAUCAUUGAACCAGAUGUUCCUGUGGGUACUUUUUGCACCACAUUAUUUUAAUCUUUUUUGUUGUUGUUGUUGUCCUCACAACACAAAACAUGUAAAUAUAUCUCUAAGUGGGUGUUUAUUUCUGACCAACAUCUCUGUAUACUUUUGUAAAAGGACUGCUUCAUGUGUUUCAGUGUUCUAUGUGAAUGCCUGGAAGUAUAGCGAGAGAAUGGCUGUUGCUGCUGAUCAUUGAUGUUACAAGGAUGUAAAGAUACUGUAACCCAGGGAGUUUGUAACUGAAUGCAUACAAGGAAAACACAAUUAUACUGGCAACUUGUUUUUAUCAUUCUACUACUUCCUCUGGU